AUGGCUGAGAACGGCGAGGAGAAAUUGCUAGCCGUGGCCAGACACAUAGCCAAGACGCUGGGCCACAACGACAACAUGGCCGACGAUAUUUUGCAGAUUUUCUCCAACUUCGACGGCAGGUUCUCUCGCGAGAAAUUGGCUUCCGACGACGAGGACCGACCUCGGAGCUGCGCCGCUCUCGAACUGACGCUCAAGUCCCUGGACCGUCAGAUCUCCCAGUACGUCGCCGCCGACCAUCCGAUUUGGUCCGACUCGGCCGAUUCCUCGGCCUUCCUGGACUCCAUCGACGAGCUCAUCGCCACCAUCAGGGACUGGACGCCGCUGGCCGUCGACAAGUCCGUCGGCGUUUGCCUCGCGCGCGCCGAGGACCUCAUGCAGCAGGCCAUGUUCCGCCUCGAGGACGAGUUCAGGUCCCUGGUUGAACGCGGCGGCGAGUCACUCGAACUCAGUCGAGCGUACCGCGGCGAGUCGAACGGCAACUUGUCGUUUGACUCGGGGGACGACGAAGAGGAAGAGGAGAUGAUCGGAAACGGCGAGGACCACCAGAUCCCUACGGCGCAGCCGAUUGGGGACUACGACAUCGUGAUCGAUGCGCUUCCUUCUGGAACCAUCAACGACCUCCACGAGAUCGCGAAGCGCAUGGUGACCGCGGGGUUCGGGAAAGAGUGCUCGCACGUGUACAGCAGCUGCCGGAGGGAGUUCUUGGAGGAGAGCUUAUCGAGGCUAGGGUUGCACAAGCUGAGCAUCGAAGAGGUUCAGAAGACGCCAUGGCAAGACCUCGAAGACGAAAUCGAGCGAUGGAUCAAAUCCGCCAACGUAGCGCUUCGGAUUCUGUUCCCGAGCGAACGUAGACUCUGCGAUCGCGUCUUCUACGGCCUCUCCUCUGCUGCCGACCUCUCGUUCAUGGAGGUUUGUCGAGGCUCGACGAUUCAGAUACUCAACUUCGCCGACGCCGUCUCCAUCGGAAGCCGAUCGCCGGAGCGAUUGUUCAAGAUUCUAGACGUGUUCGAGAGCUUGCGGGAUUUGAUGCCUGAGUUCGAGUCCGUGUUUUCGGAUCAGUACUGUUUGUUUCUCAGGAACGAAGCGAUGACGAUUUGGAAAAGGUUAGGCGAAGCUAUCAGAGGCAUUUUCAUGGAGUUAGAGAAUCUGAUCAGUCGCGAUCCCGCCAAAAGCCCAGUUCCUGGUGGCGGACUUCAUCCUAUCACUCGAUACGUGAUGAAUUAUCUCCGAGCAGCUUGCCGAUCGCGCCAGACGCUCGAGCAAGUUUUCGAGGACAGCACUGCGGUCCCUCAUCAGCCCAAGGUCGAUGAUCGAGCCUCAUCUUCUUCGAUGUCGGUCCAAAUGGCGUGGAUUAUGGAGCUUUUGGAGAGCAAUUUAGAGGCCAAGUCAAAGAUUUACAGGGACUCUGCUUUGUGCUAUGUUUUCAUGAUGAACAACUCGAGGUACAUUGUACAGAAAGUGAGAGACAGCGAAUUAGGAUCGCUUUUGGGCGACGAUUGGAUCCGAAAACACACUGCGAAAGUCCGGCAGUACCAUGUGAAUUACCAGAGAAGCUCAUGGAAUAAGGUGUUGGGAGUGUUGAAGCUUGAGAGUGGCUCAUUGGCACCUAAUGUUGCUGUCAAGUCAAUGAAAGAGAAGCUCAAAUUGUUCAACAUAUACUUCGAUGAGAUCUGUAAAACUCAAUGCAAUUGGGUCGUUUUCGACGAUCAGCUCAGGGACGAAUUGAGAAUUGCCCUAGCGAAAAUCUUGUUGCCGGCGUAUCAGAACUUUAUCGGAAGGUUUCAGAAUGUGCCAGAAAUCGGGAGGCAUGACAAGUACAUUAAGUAUGCUAAUGAGGACAUCGAGGCUAAGAUUAAUGACUUGUUUCGGGGCAGUCGAGGAUCCGCCGGCGCUGGCCGGAAGUGA